AAGGACAACAACCACCCGACCCACUGCCUGUUCACCCCGCUAUUAUCCAGAAGGCGAGGACCCAGAUUCUGGAACAGUUUACUGAGUCUCUGAAGCAGUUGAAGGGUUUCCGGCAGCAGACUGUUCAGACUCACGUGACCGCAGCUCUCUCCAGUGUCCUGAAGGUAAACACUCAGAGCCUGAACUCUGUUGCCUUUUGCAUUACCAACCUACACAAUAUUAUGUUUUCUUACUCUAAAACCCCCUGCUGUGCUGCAUGGCUGCUGAGGGCCUGUCUCGUUUGGUACAGGUGGUCAACGACCCUGCAUUCACCCUCUCCACGACCCUGAUCAGCUUCGAAAAGUUGAAGACCGAUGCUGUGAGGCGUACGGGUCAUGCCCUGGUGCUGGGUGCCCUGUACCGCUAUGUAGAGGCCAUCAGCUCCCCCCAGCACCUCAGUGCCUGUGUGGGCAUCCUCUUCACCCUGUCCCAAGACAGCAUUUCCCAAGAGGUCCAAGUACAGAGUUUGUUUCUAUCGUCACCCACUCAACAGCUGUUAUGGACAGACCCUGUAUGUCACUUCCUCAGCACCUCAAAAAUAAGUUGAAAAGGUCUAUAGGGAAAUAAAAGUCUCUGUUGGGAACUUGGCAACUGUUUCCUCUUUGUCUGUACAAGAGGUGGGUGCUGCACUCUCUGUC